AUGAAGCAACUGGCACGCCGUUACGUUUACUGGAAAUUAAUUGACAAAGACAUCGAGCGUUUAGUUCGCUCAUGUCCAGCAUGUGUGAAUAUUAAAAACAGCCCAGUCAAAGCGCCGCUACACCCGUGGGAGGAACCAGAGAAUAAUUGGCAGCGCAUACACGUCGAUUACGCUGGCCCUUUUCAAGGCCACUACUUCUUAAUUAUCGUCGACGCUAAGUCAAAAUGGACAGAAAUUGAGAUAUGUCCAUCGGCACCUUCAACAGCAUCAACAAUUGAAAAAUUUAAAGACGUCUUCUCACGCCAUGGAUUCCCAGAUGUUAUGGUAUCAGAUAACGCAACAAUCUUUACAAGUGAGGAAUUAAAGGAAUUUUGCCAAAAAGCAGGUAUAUUUCAGAAAUUCAUUGCCCCAGGCCAGCCUGCAACAAACGGAUUAGCGGAAAGGAAUGUUCAAAUAUUCAAAAAUAGACUCAAAGCCAUGAUCGACGAACCACUAUCAAUUCAACAUAAAGUCCAAGAAAUACUUUUUCGAUAUCGAGCAACACCCUUAAGUAAUGGGAAAACACCUGCAGAACAAUACUUACAGCGACAAAUUCGUAUUCAACUAGACGCACUUAAACCUGUCAAAUUUCAAGCAUCCACACCUUCAAAACUUACAACACGGCAAUUAAGCGUGGGAGAACGUGUACAAGCACGCUAUUAUGCAAACAACAAAGCUCAAUGGAAACUCGGAACGAUCAUCAAGAAAUUCGGACAACUCCAUUACCUGAUCAAAUUGGAUGAUGGGUAUACAUUCAAACGACACAUUGACCAACUACGCGCAACGGAUGUCCAGCCAAAGAAAUCCGUAUCAUUUGCACCAGAGUCUUCGGAUGAACCAAAUCACAAUUCGAAUAACAAAGAACCAGAUUUAGGGGAUCUAACCAGAGUUCCAGUCAAUCAGCCAGAACAGAUCGACCUCCAGGCCGGACUUCCAGAACCAGCAGCAGAGCGGAACCCAAUUAAA